AUGUACACUUGCCCAAGCCUUUUCCACCAGAUCUACAUCAUUUAUAUUCUGACUGAUGAUGUGAUGACACCUGUUGUGUAUGCCCUACUACCAGGAAAGAGUCAAGCCAUCUAUACAAGAUUCUUCACCCUUCUUCAAGACAAAGUCAACGACCUUGGCCUACAGUUUGUACCCACAUGUGCUCUAGCUGACUUCGAGACAGCAGUCCACAACUCCAUCAGAGAAGUGUUUCCGGGUGUAACAACCAAGGGUUGUUUUUUCCACUUCACACAAGCUAUUUGGCGAAAAGCUCAACACUCAGGACUACAGAUUCCCUACAAAGAAGAUGACAACGUAAAGACUCUGGUUAGACGAGCAGCAGUUCUUCCCCUUGUUCCCCUUGACUGUAUUGAAGACGUUUGGUUCCGAGCCCUAGAAGACAGAGAUGAAGCUGACCUCACACAAGCUACGGAAUCCUUUACAGAUUAUGUGACAGAACAGUGGGUGAAUGGUGACAGACUUCUGUGGAAUCAUUUCGGAACGGAGGGACCACGGACCAACAACAGCCUGGAAGGAUGGCAUGGAAAACUCAAAAGAAUGGCACAGCAUGCACAUCCCAACAUCUUCGUCGUGGUGAAGAUGUUCAAAGACAUACAGAAUGCAAAAGAGAUCCAAAAGAUUCAGAGAGAAGCCGGCGGAAGUAUUAGACCUCCAGCGAAGAAGUAUGCAACUAUAAAGAGAAGACUGCAGCUACUGAAAGAAAGGUAUGCAACUAUAAAGAGAAGACUGCAGCUACUGAAAGAAAGGUAUCAGCAUGGCAUCAUUGAUCUUAUGACCUACACAGACUCUGCUUCUGAACUUCUUCACCUUGGAUAGUGAUCCCUUAGUUGUGAUGAAACAUAUGGA